ACCAAACUACUCCCACUCCCAAUCCAAUCUGUCCUCUUAUUCCAUGAAUACGCUUUUACUUUGACCCAUUAUAAUCAUCUCCUCCAUCAGCCCUACGUUAAGAACGAUACCGCCAAACAUGAGAAGCUUACUCGAGGUCCUGCCUGUUGAAAUACACAGGCAAAUACUCCUUUAUAUUACCGAUCGAUCGUCUGUUCGAUCACUUAUCCACGCAUCGCUACCAUUGAGACAGGCUUAUCUCACUGAGUGUGCUCGAAUGCACCGCGCCAUCAACCCGAAAAUGCUCAAUAGCGCAUUAUUUGCCCAAGCAGUAUUUGAAGUUCGGCCUGACCUGGCGCGCAAAGAACUCCGUAAGAUUAUUCAUGAUCAACGACUUCUGAGAUCUUACCUGAAGGAUCAGUGGUUGGUGCAACUCCAGAUAUUCACAUUCAAUGACCUUCAUAAUCUGUUACGGACUCAAAAGAUCAUUGACUUUUUGACUUCUGAUGUCCGUCUUUGGUUCGAAGAUAUGAGCAAUCCAGCUGAAUUACUAGGCCCCUCAUUCUCUUCAACCGAGCGUUUCCGUGUUCAACGAGCGUUAUACCUGUACACAAUUUGGACCCGUCUAUUCGGCCCAGAAAGAAUCAAGGAAGAAGAAGGUCUUUCGCGUCCCUAUUGCCAUGGAAAUUCUCGGGCUUUUGCCGACUGGACAGAGAAGACCAACAUGCUCUUUUCUCUACCACAUACGGAGAUCAACGAAUUCGGAUUUGUCGUGGAAUAUAUAAAGGCUCGGUACGCACAUUAUUUUUCGGAAAUUCAAGAGGACCAGGAUCACGAUGCGGAGGGGAAUGAGGAUCUGCGAGGCAGCAUUUCUGAGACCGGUAUUGAAGACUUGACUCCAGGUGGUAAGUCGUGAGAGUUACUCUGCCAACAUUUCCUCUCCUUUUACACGACUAGGUCUUCAUGAUUUCGGAUACCGAGCAUUGCUCUAGACGAUUUGGGAGAAUAAGGAAAAGAGCCUUAUUCUUCUAAAACUUUUCGAAUGAUGAUCUAGAGGGCAAAUUCGCAAAGCAUUGCCCAUCUGUUUUGCGCAAUCUUAUUUCACCACAAAUUGCUAACUACGUAUACCAGGGGGUUAUUAUAAUGAUUUCCUCGAUACUAUGAUAUCACUUGGGCCAGAAUUCCUAUAUGAAGUUUUACAGACAUCAGACCACAAAAUCCGUAGGCUUCUCAUUACGGAACAACUUAGCUUGCAACCUGAUUCAAUUCGGCGAAGUCUCCAAAUGAUGCCAGGUACCUUGAUUCGACAGAGAAAAUGGUCGCGUAUUAUUCUCGACUCUGAGACACUGGAAGAUGAAAGGGAGAUGACAGAUUUCUAGCGGUCGAGUGAGAGGAGGUGCGUUGGGAUUAAAAUG